AUGACAGUGAUCUAAAAAUAAGGUCGCCGUUCACGCGUCCGCUGGCCAAGCGUGCUCACCAGUCGAGGACCAACCGUCGCGAGUUUCACACGAACGAAUUUCGAGCAGCAAUCAUGGUUUACGAAAGUGACUUCUAUACGACGCGCCGGCCCUACCGGUCCAACUACAGCGUGACGCCGUUGUCAUCGGUGUACUACCUAUCGUCACUUCUUCCGGCUUACAAUAUCCCCUACGUCACGUAUAUACCCAAGCUGUCUCAGGCAGAAUUGAUAUAUCGCCCAACAUCUCGCACCGUAACUCGACUCGUCACGUACCCCGAGGCGCCGCACCACAUCGUGCGCGUGCGCGUGCGUCCCUCUGUCAUCCUGAGGGAGCUGGACCGUAUCGCGUACCGCCGCCGCCCCGCUCUCGCUGUAUCUGCUAUUGAUGACUACUAUCGCUCCGAAUCUACUAAGACAUUCGAAGAUGAAACCCGUCGCAUCAGAGCGGAUACAGCGUCGCUGCUGCACCGCGCUCGCUCCGUCGUCCCGCGAGCCAAGACUCUUGCGCCAUUAGAUACUAUUUACACAUACUCCUAUGGAGAGCCGGUCCCAUACCGUUUCAGCAAUGACGCAUACGUCGCUAAAUUACUUUUGCCUCUUAGAAGCGUUGCUGACAACAUCCACAACAUCUCGUUCUACAACGAACCAGCUAAGAAGUUUACAGGACGCGGCAACCUCGCGUGCGUGCACUACUCCGGCAAUAAGGCCUUCUCCAACCGCAGACCCCUCUACAAAGAACUUAGCAUCAGGGAUGACGUGAACCUUCUUUCCUUCUACGCGAAGAACAGACUCGCGGCCGCCGGUUUGGCCGUCGAGAACGCCACAGUGAAACUCCUCCCGUGGAGGCCGAGCCGCAAGUUCCAGACGCCUCAGAUGAUGGAAGACCCGGAGCUCGAGCUGAAGGCGGCGAAGGCGGAUCGCGAAGCGAGAUUCCGCGCGACCACUGCGGAACCAGUUCUGACUCCAUCCGUAGAUCUGUCUGAGAUCAAGCGGAAAAGGCAAGAAGAAGCUCGCGCUGCUGAAGAAAAAGCUCUAAAAGAAGAAGCUAAACGGGAGGCCGAGAGAAAAGCUCAGGCUGAUCGUGAAGCUGCUGAGAAAAAGAAAGCAGAAGAAGAAGCACGCAAAGCUGAAGAAGCCAAACGCAAGGCUGAAGAGGAAGCCAGAAAAGCUGAGGAAGAAGCUAAAUUGGCUGAAGAAGCACGACUGGCCGAAGAGGCACGAAAGGCUGAGGAAGCCAGACUGGCAGAAGAAGCCAGACUCGCCGAAGAAGCUAGACUAGUAGAAGAAGCUAGGCUGGCUGAGGAAGCCAGACUGGCAGAAGAAGCUAGAUUGGCCGAGGAAGCGAGACUAGCGGAAGAAGCUCGUUUAGCUGAAGAAGCUAAAUUAGCAGAAGAAGCAAGGUUAGCUGAGGAAGCCAGAUUGGCUGAAGAAGCUAGAUUAGCCGAAGAAGAGAGGCUUGCCGAACAGAGAAGGCAAGAGGAAUUAGCUAAGUUGGAAGAAUUGGAACGACAGGCUCAAGAAGAACGUGAAGCAGAACUUGCAAGACAGGCGGCUGAAUUAGCUGAAAUUGCAAGACAAGAAUCCGAAUUGGCAGCUGCUCGUUUAGAAGAACUCUCAAGGAGUGGCUCUGCUGCUGAUGUCGUCGAUGGAGAGUCAAAUGAAGUCCCAGCGGAGGAAGCAGAGCCGAUCGUUGAGGAACCAGCUAGCCCAGAAGUUGUUCCAGACAACGUAGCAGAAUCUGAAGUUGAACCCGAAGUUACUGAAGUCAGCGAAGACGAGAAAGCCGAGCCUGAUGUAACUGACGAAGAAUAGAUUUAAGAUUCUCGAAUGUUCCUACACUCAUAUUUUCCGUUGGAAAGGAAUUUGUUUGGGAAUUAAAUUGUUGUGCAUUUUCUUCUUUAAUUUGUUAAGUUACUACUAUGUAUAAUUAUGUAGCAUAUCUACAUUAAUGGUACAAUAGUAGAAUGGUAGUUCUUUACAAAUCACUUUCAUACGCGUAAUGUAAUUAUGCGAUAACUAGAGAGUGGACGUUAUUAAUUUUCUUUUAUUUACUACUAUUGUUUAAUUGUUUUAUUAACAAAGUUAAAUUAGCCUAAGGAUAUGUUAUAUUUUGUUAAAUUUAACAAUAAAAGACAUGUUAAUGAAA